CCGCCGGGCCGUCAAAAAACUGCAUGCAAAAGUGCAUUACGAAUAUGAUAGUGGUUUCCUCGGUUUCCUCCGGUCGGUGUGUAUGAAUCAUCCUUCAAUCCAAACAUAAAACCUUUGCAAGGGAGAGAAGAGAAAGUUUAGUGUUUUGAUCGCAGCGGAUCAGGCAGAAAAUAGUGCAAAACUUGAUUGAUUCGGAAAUUGCGAAUGUAAUUUUUAUUUUCGAAGGUUUUAUUUAUUAAUUGCACUUGAGGAAUCGGUUUCCACGGAUCGAUACAAAGUUUGGCUGAAAUGUCAGUGAGAAAGGAUCUCGUGACCGCCGAAUCGGCCCAGAUGGGAAUUGUGGAACCCCAGGAGCGUCUGAAGCAGCUGGCUUCGCUGAGCAACAGCGUUGAAGUAGAUCCAAAUAUUCCGAUCACGAGAUAUUACCGGUCGGGCCUAGAAAUGGUACGCAUGGCCAAUGUUUACCUGCAAGAGGGAAACAUCGAUGCUGCCUAUAUAUUGUACAUUAGGUUUAUAACUUUGUUUGUGGAGAAAGUUCCGAUCCACCCCGAGUACAAAACGGUUGCGGCCGAUGUAAAAAUGCAGAACAAGAAAAAAUUGAAGGAAGUUUUUCCACUUACCGAAAAGCUAAAGCUGAAACUGAAGGCAAAGUACACCAAAGAAUACCAGCAGUUUCUGGAAGCAAAGCGAUUGGAGAAGGAACUCGAAGAGAAGCAAUUACGAGAGGAAAAAGAACAACGAGCCAAAGCAGCGUCCAUUACACCGCCUAUUAACCUUCCGCAACCGAGUGCUCCUUCAUUGCCCCCAUCCAUGCUCGUGGAUCCAGAUAUGCUGGACCGUGUGCUCUAUCCAAAUGAUUUCCCAACGGAUCCCAACCGCUCGUCGUCGGGUACCGGUUUGCUACUGCCGGAUACGAAACCAUUCCCAAAGCCAGCAUUCGACCGAACGCUUAAACCUUCGCCCACUUCGGUGCAGGCCGGAAGUCUCCGAUCGGUGGUAGUCCCCACCAACACGAUGGCCAAAUUCCUUGCCCUGGCCUCGCACAACACGCUGAGCAAUGUGGAAACCUGUGGCAUCCUGGCGGGGCGACUGGCUCAAAAUAAGCUCCUUAUAACGCAUGUCAUCGUUCCUAAACAGCGCGGAACCUCGGACAGCUGCACGACGAUGAACGAGGAGGACAUCUUCAACUACCAGGAUCAGCACAAUCUGAUCACGCUCGGGUGGAUCCACACGCAUCCCAGUCAGACGGCGUUUUUGUCUUCAGUGGAUUUGCACACGCACUGUUCCUACCAGAUGAUGCUGGAGGAAGCGAUCGCAAUCGUAUGUUCGCCCAAGUAUCAAGAAACUGGCUUUUUCUGUUUGACGCCCAACUACGGACUAGACUACAUUUCGCAGUGUCGACUGACGGGAUUCCAUCCUCAUCCUAAAGAUCCUCCAUUGUUCAUGGAAGCACUGCACAUCGCGUUGGAGGAUAGCGCCAAAAUUGAAGUGGUUGACUUGCGGUAAACUUGGAUCGUGGACCGAGAUAAUAGAACCUAAAUAAAUUGACACAAAGCAAAACAUUCACAUAAGGUAGGUAUGCUAGAUGGUUAGUGUCCGAUAGUGUGUAGAAUGAAACCUGACGGAUUGUGUGUGAUAGGCUUUAUUUAACAAAUUGUUUGCGUCGUCUUGAGAAAAAAUAUAUUUUCAUCUGUUUUGAGUUUAGAUGAAAGGAUUCUAUUUAUAGAUACGUGUUUUCAUAUUGUAGCUUCAGAAGGCAGAUAACUAUAAUGCACAGUAAGGACGUAUUGUUUGUUUGGACAAUGAAAUAUAAAUGUGUGUAGCAUCUUUUCGAUUUAUAUAGUGCUUUUAAAAAAUAUUCAAUUCACACGGUAUAUAAUUAGAUUUCAAGGUAUUUAUGAAGUUUUUUUUAGUAUUCAACUGUUCUAAAUAGCCCAGCAUUAUUUUCUGAUAGACGAUAUCGUUGCAAUAGUUUUUGGACGUGCUUGGUUAGAUACAGGCAAAGACUGUGCAUUCAAAUCCUAAUGCCUGAAGGAGGCAAAAUUAUUACUCAACAAUAAAUUUUGUUCGGAAAAUAUAGGCGUAGAA